GCGCUCACUGCCCCGCCGCCUGCGCAGAGCUGACGCUCUAGCCCACGGAGUUAACUCUACCCUCACUCCUGCCGGAGGAAACGGUUGCCAGGCUGUUAAGAACCGACGCUGGGAAUUCCGGACAUUUCAACUCCUUGGUCGCAGCAGCGGUAGCCUUCUCGACUGGAUAUCGGUCAUGGACCUUGCCAGCACCAGCUCCAGCUUUCAGUCAGACUUGGAUUUCUGUCCAGAUUGCGGCUCGGUCCUGCCUCUGCCCGGAGCUCAGGAUGCAGUUACCUGUACCCGCUGCGGCUUCUCCAUCAACGUUCGAGACUUUGAGGGGAAAGUUGUGAAGACUUCAUUUGUAUUCCACAAACUGGGAACAGCCAUGCCUAUGUCAGUGGAGGAAGGGCCUGAGUUCCAAGGACCCGUGGUUGACAGGUGCUGCUCUCGAUGUGGUCAUGAGGGAAUGGCAUACCACACCAGACAAAUGCGUUCAGCUGAUGAAGGGCAGACUGUCUUCUACACCUGUACCAACUGCAGGUUCCAGGAGAAGGAAGACUCUUGAUCUUCUACCUGGGAAACUCCACAGUCCCUGCCUCUUCUUCUUUGGAAGGUGAAGGAUACUUGAUUCUUGAUGCCUCGUCCAUCCUUCUGGUUGCAAUGUUUUGCUUCCAGAGAAGAAUCAAAUCAUCAUGUGGGGCUAACAUUGUCCCUGGAGUACUCUACACCUAGUUGAGUUUCCUUAUUAAAGUUGUAUUUUUCUAUAAGACCCUGA